CUCUCUGAAGAGUGCUUCAAAAUUCUCAAAAAAAAAAAAAGAUUUAGUUGAAGUCGGAAUCCCUCAGCAGGACGAGAUGAAGAGACCUGCAGCUGUUACAGCUCGAUAACAGUUGGAGCUCAAGCUCAAUCCCACACUGUGUUUGUGUGCUUGAGCGUUAAUCCACGCAGCAACGCAUCUCUGUUUCUGGAUGAUUUUUCCCAAAGUGAACAAUUCUGUCGUGAUUUUUACUCCAAGCGAAGAUAAGGAGAGCGUGUACGACACCGUAUACUGAGAGGAUUGGUGCAGGCUGAUGGAUGGAGAGGGAGACCAGAGGGAUCAGCAUGAGGAGCGCUUAAGGGAGGUGUUUCAGAGUUUUGAUGGGAGCGGUGCUGGUUCACUAAGUCCAGAGGAGCUAACAGAGCUCUGUCAUGCUCUACAGCUGGCUGACCAAGCACUACACACGCUCCUACAAACACUAUUCAAGACACAGGACCAAAUAAACACACGGGUUGAAUUUGAACAAUUUAAGGACGCUUUGAUUCUGGUGCUUUCCUCCAAUGAAGAUUCAAUAGCUAAUGAAAACCCUCCUCGGCCAGUCUCCCCAGAGGUGCAGCCUCGCUUUGUAAAGGGCACUAAGCGUUAUGGUCGUCGGUCCACACCAGAGUUUACACGCUCCAUAUCAGAUCUUGCAAACACGCAGUCGGUGGAAAGAGAGGAGGAGGAUACGACAAGGACCAGCGAUGGGACAUUGCCUGUUAAGCGUGAGCGCUGGAACGCUGACGUUAGCAGUGCAGAGGAAUAUGAAGCAGAAGGUCAGCUGCACCUGUGGAACCCAGAUGAGCCGGGUACUCCACGGGGUAGCAUGGCACCCUCCAGUGACCUGGAGGAGAGACUGUACAAUGCCUGCCACCAGUUCUCACUGCCCCUGCAUGGCACAGCUACUUUACAACAACUACGCACACUCUGCCAGCACCUUGGCUUGGAGGUAGGAGAGGAAGUCUUUCAGUCUGCACAGGAGAAGAAUAUGAGUGUGAUGGAGUUUGUAUCUUGCAUCCAAACCAAUAGCAAACCACCUACUCCUUCUGCCUCAACCCCAUACAGACAGCUAAAGAGACAUCAUUUUACACAGCCAUUCGAUGAGAUGGGUCGCAGGAUCUCAUCUGCAAUGAGCAGUACAAUCGGACUGCGGCUGUUUUCUGAAUUAGAUGAUGGAACAGGACACACUGCAGUGGAGCUACUUCUGGAUGCCUGGAUAGAAGACGGUGUAGAGAACAGCUCUGAAAUCCUGCAGGCUCUAGAUUUCAGCCUGGAGGGAAAAGUUAAUCUGAGUGAACUGACUGCAGCUCUGGAGAACGAGCUUAUGGUCACAAAGAACUCCAUCCACCAAGCAGCACUGGCAAGCUUUAAGGCUGAGAUCAGAUACCUCCUUGAGCGUGUGGAUCUAGAGCUCCGGGAGAAAAACAAGCUUCACACUGAUUUGGAAAAAGCAGAGAAGCUCAAGUCCCAGCUGGCCUCUGAGGUGGAUGAGCAUCACUCCGCCAUCGAACGCAACAACAAUCUUAACCUGCGGAAGUUGGAACAGGAGCAUAAGGACCGUGUAGUGGCUCUGAAAACAGAGCUGAGCAAAGAGGUGGAGCUUGUACAGCAACAGGCCAUUCAACAGAAAGAAGAACUGGAAGUGGAAAUCAGUAGGGUCAGAGAAGAUGAAACCUUCCUCAGAGAACACCUCACUUUGACUAUUAAGGAAAAUGGCCGACUAGAGGCAGAACUGCUGGACAGCACAGAGCGGCUGAUGGAACUAGAGGCCCAGCUGAACAAACUACAAAAGAACCUGGACAAUGUUCUAAGGGAGAAGUUUGGUGAUUUGGACCUGAGCAAUGCUGAGGUCUAUCAGCAGGAGGAACGUCUUAGGCAACUGCGUAACAGCUAUGAGGAGCAGUGUCAGGAACUGCAGGAUCGUAUAGAUGAGCUGCAGGCUCAGUUGGAGGAGUUUCGUGCUUUAAGCCGGGCCCCGCAGUCCUCCCUCAUGCCAUCUCUGUCUGAUGAGCUGGACAGCAAGAGUCCUGGCAUGGAGUCGGACCAAGGCCUAGGUUCUGAAGAAGGGCAACCCUUUAACGUGAGCCUGGAGGCAGAAAUGUUGCUGGAGCAAUUGAAAGCACAGCACAUCAGAGAGCUGGAAGACCUCAGGGAGCAGUUGGAUUCCAUGGUAAACAGCUGUGAGCAUAGGCUAGAAGAACAAAAAACCUCUUUUGAGAAGGAGAGGAGUUUUCUCUCCUUACAGCACCAGCAGGAGGUGGAGACUGUGAGGAAAGAAUUGAACAAAGCACUGGAGACUGCUAGAAAUUUGCAGGAGGAAUUGGAGCAGCAGAGACGCGGCAUGGAGGCUCAGCAGAGUGUCGAGCGUGCUGAGCUACAUGCUGUUUACCAACAGCAGGUUGAUGCUCUCAGUCAAGAGGUGCAGGAUGCCAGGAUCCAGGCAUUGAAGCUAGAGGAGCAGCUCAAGCUCCUGGAGGAGCAAGAGGAGAGCAGUACAAGGGACAAAGAAGAGCUGAGCAGGGCUCAUGUAGAAAAGCUUACCCGAAUGGAACUGCACUAUACAGAGACACUCAAAACCAGCCUACAGAAGCAGAAGGGGGAAGCAGAGAAGAUACUCGCAGAUGAGUUGGAAAAAGAAAGACUGCAUCUUGAAAAAGUUCAUGAGGAGAUGCUAAGGGUUCAAUUAGAAGAGGUGCAGCAGAGAGCCGAGCAGGAGCGAGUCAAAUUAGAGAGGAGGCUCAGAGAAGAGUGGGAGUGUGACAAGCAGCAACUAGAGGAGAGCAAUAGGAUAAAACUUCAGGAGGAGUUAGAACAUAUGCAGAAGGAACAGGAGGAAAGCAGUAAAAGGCUUCAAGAGCAGUGGGAAAAGAAGCUCAUGCUUUUACAUGAGCAACAUCAUACUGAGCUGCAAAAGUGUUUAGAGCAGGAAAGGGAGCGACUGCAGGCCCAAGAGGAAGACAUGGAGCGUAGGAUUAUGGAGUGGGAAAAAGAGCGAGUUCGGCUGCAUGAGCAGCAUGAGGAGGUGCUGCAGGCCAGGCUAGAUGAAGAGAGCGCACAAUUCCAGACACAGGGAAAGGAGCAAGAACGGAGGUGGCAGAAAAUGCUGGAAGAACAACAGAUAAAAAUGGAACAAUCACACCAGGAGGCUACUAAAGUGUUGAGUGUGAAACAUGAUGAAGAGAGAGAGAUGCUGAGCUGCAUGGUGGAGAAACUACGUACAGAUGUUGCAAAGGAGAGGAAUGAAGCUGGACGUCUGGCUGAGGAAAACCAUCUUUUGAGACAGAGUAUCUCAGAACUGAGAGAAGAGGACCAGAAAGAAAAGCAACAGGAACUGCUCCUUAAAGUGGAGCACUUCCGGAAGGAGAAAAACACUGUUCAGAAGAUGGCUGAUGGUUUGAAGAGGCAGAUUUCUGAGCUGCGUCGUCGUGUGAAGCAGCUAGAGCAGGAGAACAAUGCUUUGUCACAGCAGAAUGCAAAACACGCACUUAGUGCUGACACACUUCAACAUACUCUUGAAGAAGUGAUGCUCCAUCACGGAAAUGGUUCCUCCAAUGAAAGGAGUGAGAUAGAAGAAGGAGAUUUUGCAGCAUCUAAUAACAGAACCAAAAAGCUAGAAGAGGAGAAGAAGCUUCUACGAGCAGAACUGAACCGCUGUGUGGAAAAGAUGGCUCAGCUUCGUUCAGCUGAAACUCAGCUGGCUCAACUCUUGCAAGAAAGACAGACUGCAGACAAAAACAGCCAAGCAUUACGUACACAAAUGAUCAAGGCACAGGAGACGGUCCAAGCAGUGAAUUUUGUAUUGCAAGGGCUGACUCAGCAGAACACUUGUCUGAAAUCAGACCUGCGUGUUGUGCAACAAGAGCGAGACACUCUCAAACAGGAAGUGAUCUCGCUGCAUAAACAGCUGCUGAAUUCCAAUGAAAAGUGUCGUCUGGCUGAGAUGUCUGUAUCUAAAGUCCCAGGCAGCUCACACCAGGGGAAGCGUGUGUGGCCGGAAUUGUCUAGGCUGAUGGAGGCAGAGUUGAAUUUGCUGCGUGAAGAAAAUCAAAGACUACAACGAGAGCUCAGUGAUGCAAGACUAGAGCUAAACUCUGCACGUGAGAAGGCUCAUCAGUUGGAGGCACUGGUGUUGAGUGUGAAACAGCAGAAGCUGCACAACCAGGCAAGCUUGGCCAAGACUGCAGAACAGGAGAGAUCAGCUCUUAAACGAGAGAUAGAGGCUUUGCAAACACAGCUACACAAUAAGCUGUGUGACAGUAAUGAAGAGCAGAGAGAACUUGAGACUCUUCAUGAGGAGAAUGAUAGACUGAGGAACAAACAGACAAUACUGGAAGCCCAACUGAUGGAGGCUGAGCUUAUAGCCAUAUUACCACCAUCGCCACUGCGGUUGUCAACUGAACGACAGCCCCGAGGAGAGGACAUGAACCCAGACAUCAAUAAAGAGAAGGAAGUGGUACUGUUAAAGAUGGAGGAGAGGAUGAAGGAGGUGGAGCACUCACUCCGAAAAGUCAAACUGUUGUUGCGGGAGAAGGUUUCCCAGCUGAGGGAACAGAUGAAUAAGAACAGUAAAGCAGAUGUGUUGAUCAAGGAUCUUUAUGUGGAGAAUGCUCACCUUUUGAAGGCUCUGGGAGUCAGUGAGCAGAGGCAAAAGGUGGCAGAAAAGAAGAAUUACCUCCUGGAGGAGAAAAUCUCCAGCCUCAAUAAGAUUGUUCGUGAGCUCAGUCCCUCGCCAAUAGUGCCUGUGCCAUAUCAUGUGACCCGCUCCUGAUAACCCAUAUCAUGGUUUUUAAUAUACAUUUCUGUUAUUUUUUAUUUUAUUGAAAAGACAUGAGAAGAGGUCAUGUGUGUGUGUUUUGUUUUGUUUUGUUUAGUUUUUUUAAUUGAAGCCAUCAUUCUUGCUUGACGUAAAUAAAACAAAAAAGCACACAGAAGAAAGAAACUGCUGGGGAAAAAAAUACCUGAAUAUGGUAAAUUUGCUCAUUCUAGCAGCACAUUUAUUUGUGCUUUCUUUAAAGAUGCAGAUUGUGAUUCAUAGAGCAGUUGCCUUGGAAACAAUUACCCCACCCAUUCUGUUGAAUAUCUCUUGUGAGUUAGCUUUGAGAAAAACAUGCACAGCUGAGCAACUCCAUUCUGGUUCGGGAUGGAGCAUGUUUUCGGGUAAGAAAACUGCUUAAAACACAGAAUCCCAGCAGUAAUUUUGUGUAUCGUUUUUUCAAAGGGUUUUUUUUUUUUAGGAUUCAGAAAAUCAAGGUUUUGAUGGAAAUGACAAAGUUUCUAUGUAAAUUCUAUAACAGAAUUUAUUUAUUUUAUUUUACAUCAGUCAAGUACUAUUCCAGUUACCUAUUUGCACUCAUUAGCCUUAUUCCUACAAAUCGAAGACUUUUUUUUGUGUGAAAGUGAAACCAUGUCUUCCCUUGUUUUACUGUAUAGGUUUGUUAAAAAUGAAAUCUCUGACUGUUCUAUAAAUACUGGACCUAAAGAAAUGUGGUGUCUCCUAGUACAGUCACAACUCCCUAAAACAUCCUAAGGGCAAAGUGCACUUUCUCUAUGAGCAAAAUAUAUUGUGAAUCUGUUGUUUUUUUUCUGUCCAUUAGCAGUAUUUGGUUUCAAUUUUCUAUAAUAGAUUGAAUUCAAUUAAAGCCUGCCUCUUUGGUAUUGGCAUGGCACUUCUACCUGUUAUGUAUUUUCUUUCCUGUAAAUGAAUUGUACAUGCUGUGCAGGUGUUCACUGAAGUAUUAAAUUUUUUUAUUUUAAAUUAACAUUGGAAAUAGACAAGGACCACUUUAAAUGUCCUAACCAGCAUUUUUGUAAACCUAAAUAAAGGCAGCAGGUUUGGCCUCCCAAGUCUGGUGGUGAAUGUAAGCCUGUAAUAAAACAAUAUGCUGCUGAAACAGGAAGUAUUUGUAUUACAGUUUCUGAAGUGUUGCAGAACCAAAGAGAUUUUCCAACUGUCACUGGCUUAGUUAACAGUAUCCAGACUGUCCAGACUCUACCUGGCAAGAGCUGCUGUUUUAUUCAGGAGAGUAACUGACAAUGUGCUGGGUUAUUGUGAAUCAGAUGAAGCAAUAAAUUAGUUGACAGAAUAAGGUAUCUGAGUGAUCAUUAUGUGACUGAAGAUUUCCUGUUGCAUCUAGGCCUGCUUAUAGGGCACAAAUAAGCCACUGCUAUAGUAAUAAAUGUUGUUCAUAAAGAUGAA